GUUGUGACCACGGGAGGGUGAGGGUGUGUGCGGGCGCGUCUCCUACCUCAUGUGUGUGCCUCCUGGUUAAUUGGCCUUCCCAAUCCCCUACACCCGCUCUAGGCCAUUAGCUGGCCCUCCCAAAAUGGCCGGAACAGGUCCAGACACGUCCUACAGGAGGCCGGCCAGAGACCGGGGAUGCUGUAGCAUUAACUUCCUCAAAUAUGUCAUCUUCAUCUUCAAUUUCAUAUUUCUGCUUGGCGGGUGUGCUGUGCUUGGGGUGGCCAUCUGGACGCUGGCGCAGAAGCACACGUAUGUGGCUCUUCUCACAACUGCCACAUAUGCCGCCACCGCUUACCUCCUCCUCCUGGCUGGCAUUAUUGUCGUCUUCGCUGCCUUGCUCGCCUGCUGUGCCAUCCUCAGGGAGGACCGCUGCUACUUGCUUGUGUACACAUUUCUUCUGCUGCUGGUGUUCCUGAUAGAAGCAGUGGCCGGAGUAUUGGCCUAUGUGUACGAGGAACAGGUUAUGGCCGAGCUCUCCCACACCCUCACCUCCACCUUCAACAACAACUAUAUGAUAGACCCAGACGUCACUCAGGCCAUAGAUCAGAUGCAGAUAGAGUACCACUGUUGCGGGGCCUUAACCUUCAGCCAAUGGGGAGACAGCCAAUGGUUGCGUGAAAACCCAGGCAUCAAUAACACUGUUCCAGACUCCUGCUGCAAGACUCCCUCACCUUACUGUGGUGUCAGGAAUCAUCCUUCCAACAUUUGGUACAAUGGCUGUAUCCAUCAGUUUGAAGACGAGCUUGGUCGACAUCUGCUGAUUCUUGGGGCAGUUGGUUGUGGUAUCUGUCUGAUUCAGGUCUUUGGAAUGAUCCUCUCCUGCUGUCUCUACAUAAAACUAAAGGAUGUUGAUGAAAAUUAUUUUUAAGGGACACAUACACUGAAUGUUACAAAUUGGUAUAAGAAAAUGGGCAUUAAUUUAGGCAAAAGCUUUGCAGUAAAAAGCAAAUGUAUACUGUACAAGGUAUUCAUUACUACCAAUAUUUUAAGAAAUUGGGAAUAGGAUUUAGAGAACACAUUCAGUAUGAGAAGGAAUACCUGAAAUUUGAAUUCAGUUUGAAGAGAAAAGCCAAAAAACUAUUUAGGGAAUGCAUCUUAUUAUUUUUUAGAAAUUGUUAUUAGUUUUUUAUAGAAAAUACACACAAAUUAGCUGUCCUAGGAGGGCUUGAUUAGAUCUUCAUGAAGCAGCAGUGGCAGCAGAAAUUGCAAGUAACAUGUAUAUGAUAAAGAUAGUGAAGCUAGGAAAUUUACAAUUUAAAGCAAGAAUAAAAAUAAUGGCCAUUUUAGAAUAAUCUACCGACGAAUUUAUUAUGGGAAAAUUGGUUUAAAGCCUUUUAUAACAUAUAGAACUCAGAAGCACCUUUGGUAUGCUUUGAGAGUUAGAGGCACUCGUGGUAAUUUUGAAAAAUAGUAAAUUGUCUACAAAUAACAUAGAAUAAAUGAUGUCGCAUAACCCAGUGCCAAAAGUCCAUCGGUACAAUUCAAUAAAUGAUACCGAUAAUGAAAUGGUACUUAAAAUGAUGCCUAGCAUAAGAUAAAUAAGGUUUAAGAAAAAUAAAUAUUGGCAAGAGAUUAAGGGUAGAAAUAAAUUGGCUUAAUGAGUUUAUUUCGUUAAAUCUAAAUACAGUGUAUGCAUAAAGAGGAUGAAAAUAUUUUUCAUUACUAUAUUCCUCCCUAGCCUAUUAAAAAUAAAAAAUCUGUCAUGAGAAUUAAUGAGAGAAUUUAUUUUAAACAGAUUUAUUUUCGUAUGGCAAUUUCCACAUCUAAUGAAAUAAAUUAUAUCAUGACUACGUAACUGAAAAGAUAAAAUAAAGUUUUGAUACAACGUAAUCUACAUAUAUAUUUUGUGUAUACAGUAAUUUUAUUUUAGAUGUAUAUUGAAACAUUAAACUAUAAAGAAUUGUAGCAUAAUAUUUAGGACUUUUGAAAUACACGGUGACACUGACAAUGCUGUUCUUCCCAACUUGUUGCUAUCUUUUGAUAAUUGCCGUUAUAAAAGUCUCGGAUCUUUAUUUUAAUGUAAUUAUUACAGAUUGUCAUUCCCUUAUAUUUAAAACACUGUAGUUAUUACAAAUUAUUGUUAGCUUACUUUAAUAUACAGUACUGCAAUUAUUACAAAUUGUUGUUCCGUUGGUGUAAAACUGCAGCUAUUACAGGUUGUCCUUUCCUGUCUUUGUUACACAGAAAUUAUUUUUUUAUAUUAAAUACGAUAGCUGUAUGGCAUGUAAUGUAGUUUAAUAUUAUGAAGUAUAUCGACUGUGUUAGCACAUUGGAAAUUUGAUGAGUGAGAUUCCAUUAAUAGUGUGUUUACCUAUUGACUGGAAGAUGAACAAAGCUUAACAAGAAAUAGAUUAUACAUUUUUUGUUAAGCUACAACCGAUGUUUAUUAUAAUGUGCAUGUGAGAGCUAUGUUAUAAUUUAAUGUACUGUACAGUACUAUAUUUCUGAGUACUUCUAUGUGGUAGUCUCAGUGUACAUAUGUAAAUAUUGUAUGUGUAAGAUAUAGUACAUAAACAAGGAUAAAAAUUCCUUAUAUGGAAAAAUUUCAAAAUUAUGCAGUUUUUAAUACUGUACUGUAAUUUAAUUUAAAAGUAAUGUAAUGUGCAAUCCAGUAUAUAGAGCUGCCAUUGCCUGUGUGAUAUUACAGAAAGAUUUAAUGUAUUUAUUGAUAAAAAACAAUGUAUAUAGUUUUUAAUAUAAAUUAAUACAAAAUGGGUGCAUAGAAUACAACAUUUUCAGUAAGUAAGGAGAUACAGUUGCUGAUUUAGUAUGAGAUUAUUAUUUGAGUUAAAUCAAAUCUAUUAGUACUUAAAACUUAUCAGACUAUUUUAAUAUAACUAUAUUACUGUGUUUGUCGUAUAUGAAUACUGUACUGUUACAGUCGAGAUAUUGCAUUGCAGUUUAAGUAUAGCUGCGCUAAAGUGUAUCCAGCUUGUGUAUGUACACUGAGUUUACUUCAGAACUGGAUAAUGUUCAGGACUAAAGUAUACUUGCUGGUUGGUCAGUAAGCUAUUGUGGUGGCCUUAAUAACCCUCCAGAAGUUGAUAGACCUUAAACCCAACACCCAAUUAAAAUGUUUGCCUUUGUUUAUUAAUGAAAAUAAAGUAUCCAUCAUAAAGCAUUGUUUAAACAUGUAAAAUAUUAUUAGAAAUCUAGGACUACAGUAAAUGCUUUUAGACUGUUAAAUAAUAAUAGAUUAAGGGUACAGUACUAAAAUAAAUUUGGUAUAUAAUGUAAUUAAUUUCCAACUGCUGUACUGUAUUGAUUUAAAAAAAAAAAAUGGCAACAAUUGAUAACAAAAAUGUAAAUUAAAUAAAAUACAGUACAGUCUUCAGAUUAUCCAUGUUACAUUCUUUAACAGCAGGACAAGCAAGUUCUUAUUAAAUAUCAUACCAUGGGUCCCAAGAAAGUUGGUGGUAAAGUUCAAUCUAAGAAAAUAGUAGCGAGGGUGAUGACAGGAAAAAACAAGAGUUCAUUCGUAAAUAUGAAGAUGGUAUGUAGGUUGUAAAUCUAGCUAGGUAGUAUACAAAUCUUCAAUUUAAUCAUUAAAUUUAAUCAUUAAAUAAGAAAAUGUGUACAGUAUGCAAAGAACUGCAAAGUUUUGCUGAAAAGACUCGCCCAGAUAAAACUGUAGCAGGCCGUUGCAUUAACCUUUUAGAUGACAAUGUGAUGUCUCACUACAGUCUUAAAACGUAGGGAAAACAAUUGUCUAUUGACAGAUAAUAAGACAAGCAAGCAGUGAGCCACAACCAAGUCCUAGUGGUAUGUCUGCAAAACAUAGGAGAGUGUACCCCAGAAAUAUCAUCACUGCCUGAUGUUAUAAUGGAAGAGGAAUCCUCUUCCAAACAUUAGUGCCUCUCCUCCUCCCUCCCGUCUCCCAUGCACCAACAAGAAUUCACAAUAAAGGUAAGGUAUAUUAAAAUAUUACUAUUCUGUAUAGAAAAAAAUUUGAGUUAAUAUUUUUGGGUAUGUGGAAUGGAUUAUUUCAAUUUACAUUAUUUCUUAUGAGAAAAUUUGUUUCAGUUUAUAUAUUUUUGGUAUAUGAACCGUCUCUUGGAACAGAUUAAAUUUGUAAACCAAAGUGCCACUCUGUACAGGUUAAAACUCUUGGGUCUAUUCUGUACAGUGUAUGGAUUAGCAACUUGACAAGGUUCCUGUUCCCAACAGUGGUAUGCCUGGUUGAUACCUGGUUGAUGGGGUUCUGGGAGUUCUUCUACUCCCCAAGCCCGGCCCGAGGCCAGGCUUGACUUGUGAGAGUUUGGUCCAUAUACUGUACUAACGUAUUGUGGUGAUUGUGCACCCCAUACUUACUCAUCCAUUGAAUAAUAGCACAAAAGGAUUACAGAGACCACAAAAGUUCCUAACAUUUUCACCCAUAAAAUAAAAAGUCCUCUAGUUAAACUGAAUUUCUAUUUGGAUAUGGUGAAGCUUUGCCAGAAAAUUAUCUGAAUUUCACUUAUUCUGUGCUAGUCUGCAUUAUCCAGCCAAAUCUCUGGUUAUCUAAAUUUGUUUUGAUAUUGUGAAGUUUUGUAGAAAAUUAUUCGAACCCAAUUUUGGCCAGAUAACCCAAAUAUUCGGUUCAGCAGGCAUUGGAUAAUUGAACUCAUACAGUAUUACUGUACUACUCACAUUUACAUUUUAAGCUGUGUAGUAGUUGUUGGCCUUGGUUGUCUAAGGUAAAGAAAUGGUGAAAGUCCAAAUUUUUACCACUGGUGGUUCCUAGUUUUAGAAAUAUUUAAAUUAUAAAUGUAGUUCAGAUUUGAUACUCGAUGCCUUAAAAGACAACAGUAUUUUAUUAGACGAUUUAUCCUUUCUUCAUCUACCUUGCCCUUUAUUUGUUACGCUUCACUGUACUUUUCACUCAUUUGUACACUUGUCAAAGCAAACCUCAUCACUAAUUUUCACUGCCAUGUGAUGAAGAGGUAAUUAGCUUGUUUUGUGAUGGCUACACUCAUCAUGCUAGGAACAUUAAACAAUUUUUUUUCCUAAUUAAGACAUGAACGGGAGCCACUUGAGUGUUGAAGCCUGCAUUUACCACUCCACUUUGUAGACAAGAAAAAUAAAUUUAAUUUCGUCAUAAAUAUCUGAAGGCCUAUUAAGGAUUUUUUAUUUUUACAUAAUACAAACUAAACAAGAAAUAAAUUCUCAACAUGCAAAAAAUAGGGAACAUAGGGAACAAGGGUAAACAAGCCCUAACCUGGGCUUUGGUAUAUAAUCCCUAACCUAACAUUUCUUGUAUAUAUAAAAUAUAAAAAUCAGAAUAAAAGAUUUUGACUUGAGGUCAGGUGCCAGAACCAAAUGUUUGUAGUUUCCUAUUGUCAUGGUCAGGAGAUAUGUCUAGCUUGUUAAGGACCCUCCUAGGCCAAUGACUGACAUUUCCCGGGAUGCAACCCACAACAGUUGCCUACCUCAUGGAUAAUCAUAUAUUGUUAGGUGAACAGUCAUCAGGUGAAAGGAAAUGUGCAGUGCUAAUGAGUGCCAGAGACAGCCAUCUGCACAACACAUUAUACUGGUUCUUUGGGGUGCCAUUUUCAUUGUACAAUGGACUAUUUAUCAUAUUUUUUAUAUUAGCACAUUGAGACAAUAGCAUUUGUUGCUUUGGUAUAUAAUCUCUAACCUGUAUCAUUUGACAAUUAAAAUCUCGAAUGAUAGAACUUAUCUCAAGCCAUGAGUGAUGUUCUUGGGUAUAUUUAUAUUUUGUAGCUUUGAGUGUCACGUUAUUACGUGUGCUUCCGUGUAGGUUCAGUGUGUUCAUUUGCAACAGUGGUUAUUGCCUGUGACUAUCUACCUUCAAAUAACAACAGUAUAGGUAAUCGAGAGCUUCUAAAAUAUAAUUAUAAUAUAUAGAUUUACUUGUGUGGGUGUAUAACACCCAAAUACCUAGUCUGCUAUUGUGCCAUUAUAAAUAAAGUCAUUAUUUGUGUAUAA